AUGAGUCCAGAGCCAGCCGUUUCCUAUCCUGAUGUCCAUCCCGGUCCCAGUGAUGCCGACCCCCUUACCGACGACGAGCUCUCCCUCCUCUUAGCCAUACCCCGCGCCGCGGAGUCCACUCCCAACUCUACGCUCUUCCGACUUCCACUCGGCCCCCACCCCUCUAUGGGAUUUGUCGAUGCCACUUGCGCCGAAGUCCGCUCUAUUGUUGCACGCUUAGCCAGCACAUGGAAGACCAAGCUGUCGGAGCUUCUGCGUAAACCGGACGAGUCGGGCUGUGAGUGGUCGAUCGGGCCAGGGACGACUAUAUGCAUCAUGGUGGAGCCAUCGUUCCAUGGAAUCUUCCAUCUGCUUGCUUUUUGGGCUAUCGGGUGCACGGUUCAAUUUGUGUCGGUCUCGGAUCCUAGUGUGGGGAUUGAUCAGCUCAACGAAUGCGAAUGCAAGGUCAUGGUGUGUUCGGGAUUCGACGAAGAAUGGAUUAUAGCACGCGGAAGCGAGUUCAAUGGAGUUAUUGUAAGCCUUCCAGAGGAAGAGCAAGCACAUAUACUCGUAAAGAACGAGAAACAUGGCCAUGCCACUCCAGUAGCUUUUGUUCACUUUGCAAACUUUCACGUUCUGCGAUUCGAUCCCAGCGUCUUCGUCGAUUGGGCCAAAACUCUAGACGUGGGAGCUAUUACAUGUUCUUCGGGCCUAGUGCGUCAGAUUCCGGCGGCCAUGCUUGAAACUCAUGCGGAGUUUUUCCGAAGUCUGUUCUCAUUUGCCUUUACUGGAUCUUCGCUAGACUGCGCUUCGUCCAGUGUAUUUGAGCGACUCGGGAUCUUUAUCACGAACAUAUAUGGGAGCUCUGAGUUUGGUCGUAUAUUAAACUCCUCAAACGCGCCUUAUACGCACCUACGUCCUUGGGGAGACACACCAGCUCCGCUCGUCCGCGCGAUAUCGGAAUAUGCCUCUGAUGGCACACGUUACGUCGAGCUUUGGAUAUCCUGCAAAACAUCCCUCCGACUCUCUCACCAUCUCUCUAACGGUGGCGUUCCAGUAAAGCUUGAGCCAUUCCCCGGUGAUGGUCCCCACAAGGGCGAGCCCGCUAUCAAUCUUGAAGACAUUUUCCAGGAGCGCACGAUUGUCAACGAAUCAAACUCCAAGAUUGAGACGGUAUAUAUCCAUGCCGGGCGUCACAGCGAUCAACUUCGGCUUAGUGGAAAAGGAUACGGAAACAUCGAUGCUGCUUCAUACGAGGCCGCACUCAUGUCCGAGCUUAGCUCUCGGAUGGGUCAAUCAGACUGUUGUUAUCCUUGGACAAUAGAUGCCGUACAGCUUUUUGGCGGCAAUAUGCCCUGCACUGCAUUGAUUGUCCAACUCGGUUCCGAUCCAGGUCUGGCUGAACCAAGCGGGACGGACCUGUUGCAAGAUUUUGUGGCCGGUCCACUAUACAAAUCAGUGGUAGAGACAAAUCAAACUCUUGGGUUCAUCUCGGCCCAGCGAGUACACCCAGGGAAACGUAUGUUGCUGAUAGGUUCAUCUGGUACAAUCCUACACGGACCAGAUGUCGAGAGGCUUUCCGGCUCAUGUCCUUUGAGUGUGACCCACAAACGCACACCGAAACGAUGGGAGAAUGUUUGCAAAUUCAAGCCUUGGCUUGAUGGACUGGACUUUAGUGAGCCGUGA